UUUAGCACAAAGAGCCGAAGUUCAAAUCCCACCACACUGUCAUUUUUUGUGAAUUAUUUGAUUUAACUUAUACAUUUCGUCGAAGCUAAAGGUAACACACACACAUCAAAUAGUAACAGUUUUGACAGCAAUAAAAUGGCCACUAAGAGUAAUCGAAAAUGUGGUGCAUGUUUGAAGGACAUAAUGGAUAAUAACUUCAUUACAUGUAGCAUAGAAUCUUGUAAAACGUCAUUCCAUCGUGACAUAUGCAUAGGGCCGUCUCUUCCAGAAGACCCACGUAAUUGGGUUUGUCAAAAAUGUCGUUGCAAUUUAAAAAAAGGAGGUGAUAACUCAAAUACUCCAGUCAAAACAUCAUACACUAGCGGUAACGUUACUUUGCGUACAAAAAACAAAGUUAUUGUGUCGAAUGACAAAUCAUCAGAUGCAGAGGUAAGCUUGGGUACUCUGAUUUCCGAAAUCCGCUUACUCAGACAAGAUGUAUCGAAACUGACAGAUAAAGUAACGGAAAUGUUCACAUCACUAAAUGAAUGCCAAGAAAGGCUCGCGGACGUGGAAAUUAAAACCAUACGGUCAGAUCAGCGUCUUAAAUUACUAGAAGUAUAUCAUACUGUCGUUCAGUCGUUGCUGAUGUAUUGCAUAACUGCAUGGGGUGGGGCAUCAAAGACUCAUAUGAUCUCAAUUGAAAGGGCACAAAGAUCUGUUCUCAAAGUUAUGCUUGGAAAACCUUUCCGAUUUCCCACGUAUCUUUUACACCAAGAGGCAGCGGUCCUCACAGUUAGGCAGCUCUUUCGCAUCAUAACUCUCCACAACUAA